UAUGCUCAAAACGAUAUAUUUCUGUCACUACAGGGGAAUACAGGUUUGGUUUCGGCACGCUCAUACACGUCGUGCGUUGGUGCACGACGGGUACUCUUGGGACAUGCGACGAGCUACCCCGGUCCGUGCCUCCCUCAGCCUCAGGACCUUGGUUGUUGUAUCCGUCACCUUCUGCAUGCUUCUGCCUGUGCGGAUGUGUUCGAACUUCGCGUCCACGCCCGCGUUACGAUCGUCGCUGCGACCUGAGUGCACUGGCAACGGUUCAAUCGUGAGACGACAAGGAGGGUACUCACGCAACAUACACUUGCGACAGCCUGGCGGGAUGGGUCCGAGGGCAUGCAGGCACCAAAUGCGCAUACGGAUGCGUAUGCGAAAGACACAGCGGGUACCACCAAUGGCGUGGUCACGGCAUGUUGGUUGUAUGUGCAUGAUACUGGCGGUCGGCGGGGGAGCACGAGCAGACGACCAGCGAGAGCGGCGGGCGGCGGUGGCAGCCAUGCGGGCAUAGCGUACGGCCAGCGACACAUGCGCCAAGGCCGCUCUGUGUUAACAAGGUUGUUGGCGUCCAGAGGGUUGCACGAUCGCUGCACAUGCACGCGUGGCAUGAGGUCCAAGACCACUUCCCGAAGAAGGCACGCAUCCAGCAGGCCCAGCUAUUCGCCUGCUUGUCGAGACAUGACAACGUCUGAGGAACGCAAGGCACCCGAGAACUCAUUCGUCAUCCCCGCGCUUAGGAACACAGACUGGCGCAAACUCGCGAAGAAGUGCAAGGCGCUGUACGUCCCGCCGCAGUCCGCCGUGGCGGGCGCAGACGAGAGCGUCAGCGGCCUUGGCACGCGCGACGCGAUCAACACGGGCUCGCAGCUGUCCGGUUUGCAGGUCAUCAAGCGAGUGACGGUCGAGGAGGACGAGGGCUCCAUCUGAUCUACCCUGCCCGCGGACUGACUGCAACUGAGAGUGCAAAGAAGGAAGAAGAGACGGAGGACGCGCGCGCCCUCCGUGCUAUCCACCGCGAACGGCGACGACCCAGAUGCACCCCACAUCGACACCAUCACGCUCGCCACGCCCGCGCCGAGCGAAGACGAUGUGUACAAGCAGCCGCUGG